UUCAAUUCAUGGUUGCAGGAGUUGGACGAUUUAGAUUAGGGGAGGGAGUAGAUGCCUCUGGUGUGACAACUAAGUUACUAAGCUGCAAUUUCUCCAUUGAUUUUAUAAUAGACAACCAAUCCAAGCUCUUUGCCCUUCACAUCCACCCUCCAAUUAUCAAAUUAAUAAUUGGCCGUCUCACUUCACAGAUACAGGAAAGAGAAUUGUAUGCUGGGAGUGAUGAUUUGACAAUGCUGAGGUUUAAUGUUGGAACAAAAAAUAAGGCCAUGUAUGGUGCAGGGAGAAACAUGCAAGAUUUUCUGGAAUCUGAACAAUGGCUGCCUUUGGUAAUAAGAGUGAGCUUGAGAUCAAGAUUCAAUGUGAUUUGGGGGAUUUUUGAACCCAAAUAUCAUCAUGAAGCUCAAUGUUUGGUGCUCCUAAAUGAUAAUUAUGAUAAGAAACAUAGGACCCAAGUCUACAACAGCACUUGUAUAAUUAAUUCCUAGCAAUCUGG